AGCUGCCGCCGUUUCGUCACCAUGUGCGGCAGACGUGUUGUAGCUAUUUUUGCUUUCCGUGUAUUUUCAUAGUGUUUUUUACUAGCGAAUCGUAGCGUAGUCAAAUAUAUUCUACAGUACUAAUGUAGUGUGCGUACGGUCAAGUGUUGUUUCGGACAAUGUCCGUUAACCAGGGUACAUUUAUUCUAUUUCACAAAUUCACAAGUUGUUAGUCGCCAUUUUAUCAAGGAUUUUUUGAUUACUAACAUGUAUUAACAAUUAAAUAAUUAUACUUGGAGCAGUUUCAUAAUGAGUUGUAUGCCAUGCGGAGAUUGUAAUUCCAUUUCUAAAGAAGACUUAGAUAGAUGGACAAAUAGUUUAAAACACGUAUUGGCAAAUCAAACAGCCUUGACAAUGUUUCAAACUUAUUUAAAGCAAUGUAAAUUGGAUUCGGCUGAAAUUCUGGAGUUAUGGAAAAUGUGUGAUUGUUUAUUACAUUACGUGCAUAAUAAAAAAAUCGAUAAUGAAUCUCUUAAAAUUAAGACAGAUUAUGAUGCCAUAGUUGAGUUUGCUAAAGAAAUAGAAGGUCUAACCGAGCAUCAAUUAAGACGAUUAGAAGAAACAAAAAAUAGUUCAACAAAAAAAAUAUUGGCAAGAGUAGAAAAGUUACGUCAAAGUGCAUAUGAAUUGAUGAAAAAUGACUACAGUCUAUUUAGGAAAAAGUUAUUAAAAGAUUAUACAAAAUAAAUGUACUAGAAAAAUUAUUUUGAUUUAAUACUAAUACAAAUUUUUAUAUAAUUAUGUGAACAAUUUACCUAAUUUAUUUGUUGUGCUUGAUUAAAGUUGAGAGUGAGAUAUUACAUUUAUUAGAAAAAAUCUGGAUUAAAAGUUAUUUUGUUAUAAUAAAAUUGUUAAUACAAAAACAAA